CAUAGUCAACAUAAAAUAUCGAUUGAAUAUUUUUGACACUUCGAAUAACAUUGACAGUUCGAACUUCGAGUUUAAGACAAUCGGACUAAAUUUUUCAGACCGUAAAAAUGGCAUCGUACAUACAGAGGGCUGCGCAUUUGUAUGUUAAGAAUAAUGUUCGUCUUGCUUCCCAUGCUGCUACCGCUGGUGGACAUGGAGGUGGCUGGAAAUUAUGGAAGAAGCUGUCUUUCUUCGUUGGGUUUCCAGCUGUUGGCUUGGGAAUGCUGAAUGCUUAUCUAGGUCACCAGGAGGCGAGUCAUGAACGUCCCCCAUUCGUUGCCUAUGAAUAUAUGCGUGUCCGUUCCAAGCGGUUCCCAUGGGGUGAUGGUGUGAAGUCUCUCUUCCACAAUCCCCAUGUCAAUGCCCUGCCAAGUGGUUAUGAAGAUGGUCAUUAAUUUGCUUGUUAAAUUUCUUGAAGUAUUUAGUUUAAAAAUGUGAUAAGUACCUAAUGCAAUAAAAAAAAUAAAGUUUCAAAGCAAA